GAGGUUAGGAGGUGUCUGCCGACCAGCCCCACGGUCGCAGACCGUCGACGCUUCGCGACACACUCCUCUACAAGUCUCCCAGUACGCCCCGCGAAGAAGACCUCACAAGAGGGCCGCGUCCCAUUCGCCGAACACUGUCGUCGGAAGAUCGGAUGCUGCGAUUCUUAGACAACGACGACGUUUCUGCGUGAGUGUGUGGGACUCGACGCCCCGUUACAAGGCCGCAGAAGGAUCGACGCCUCGAUACUGUACAUUCCCGCUGUGUUUGGUUGUACGCGCAUGCGAGGGCCGCCUGGCUUGAUGUGCUACGGGAGCCGCUCUCCGCGCAGGCGCUGAAGGAACGCGGUCGCACCGGCGAAUGACAAAAGUUUUACUAAAGAAGCGCGCGAUUCACGGUGUUGCGUUACAUCUCUUACGAAGGUGCACGCGCGGAGUCGCGUAGGGAUUCCGAAAAAAAAAAUAAUAAAGAGUGAGCGUCUCGCUCGACCACCCUGCGUUAGCAGUGCCUCACGCUGCGUCGUUCGGCUGUACAGCGAAGAUAUUGCCGCCGCAUACAUCUGUGCCAAGGUUUUGUCGGAGAGGACGAGGAGAAGAAAAGAGAAGAAAACGUUUCCGCCGGAAUUGGAGGAGAAAAAACUUUACUCGUCUCGCAUCGGCGUCCGGAGCUUCAGCUGCAGGGACGAAGUGGCGACAACUUACACAAGAAAGCCAGGCCAAGCCGGCCGUACACGAUGAUGCGUCCGCAGUCCAGCGUUGCUGACACAAUGGCCCUAAGCAGGAGGAGCAGCUGUGUGUGCCCAGCGUGCAAGCGAAGUGACGGACCGAGCGCUACCACGCACGCGUAGUGUCCCUCGCUUCCGCCUCUCUAGCUCUACUCGCCAGUGGUCAGCCCCCUGCUGUGUUUGCCUGCACCGUACACGGUUUACCUGCUCCUGCUGAAGGCACGGAGAAUCGCUGCUACUUUGCGAGCAACUAGAAACCAGCGGGACUGGAGCAGCCCCUCGAGAGACAAGAUGAACCAAAAUGGUACUCAGAAGCAGCCGUGGACCAUCGACCGGGGGACAUCAGAGCUGCCUCGGUCCGAUGCGAAGACGAACGGCAACGCCGCUCCGGCAGCUAGCUGCGUCCCCGGUGGCGGCGGCGGUGGUGCCGAUGGCGAGCUCCAAGAGGAGCGCGACUACCUGUGCGGCAUCGGAAGCUGCUACCCGCGGAUCCUGCAGCGAUUCGCCACUCCCAGGAUGUUCUUCAUCGUCUACAGCAUCAUGGGCAUCCUGCAGGGAGCGUACAAGACGUACUUCGUGGGCACGCUGUCGACCAUCGAGAGGCGGUUCGCGAUGUCCAGCCAGACGACGGGCAUCAUCCUGAUCGCGGACAACUUGAGUCCCAUCAUCAUCAACCUGCUGGCCGGCUACUAUGCGAACCGCAUCAGUCGGCCCAAGAUCAUGGGCAUGGGGGCGCUGAUCGUGGUGCUCAGCUGCUUCAUCAGCAUUGUGCCCUACAUGAUCUACGGGCCGGGACUGCACAUCCUUUCAAACACGGCGCACGCGCUGGGAGCCAGAAGGCGCAGUCCCGACAGCCUGCUGUGCAACUCGGCGAUGAGUGGACACCGCGAAUGCACGGGCCCCUCAAUGGCGGACAGCUACACGCCGUUCGCGCUCUUCUUCGCCGCAAACUUUCUGAACGGGUUCGGCGCAUCCACGUUCUUCAUUGCUGGCAGCAGCUACAUGGACGACAAUAUACGCAAAAAGAACUCGCCCCUGUACUUCGGCAUGGGACUCGCCUUCAGACUGCUCGGCCCCGUUGUCGGAUUUCUGACAGCCGGGGUAUGUCUCCGCUUUUACGAAGACCCUUUCCACAAUCCAGGCAUCUCGCCGAAGGACCCCCGUUGGGUGGGCGCCUGGUGGAUGGGCUACAUACUGUUCGCCAUCGGUCUCACCGUGGUCUCACUGCCUAUGAUGAUGUUCCCGCGCAUCCUGCCCGCCGGCAAGAACUACAAAGUGAAUCGCAUGCAGAGGCUUUCGGUGGUGAAGGCGAACAAGGCAGCCAAGUGCGCCGAAGGAACGGGCCAGCACGGCAUCAGCAUCGCCAUGAUCAAAGACAUCAUAGUUAUCGUGAAGCGGUUGGUCCGUAACCCGAUCUUCAUGUUCCACACGAUCGGCCUGGUGUUCGUCUUUCUCGCGACAGCCGGCUUUGGAACUUCGUUCAGCAAGUAUGUCGAGUUCCAGUUCAGGCAAUCGGCGUCCAAGGCCAACUACUACACAGGGGCGGCCAAAGUGGUGACGAAUAUUGUAGGAAUCUUAGUCGGUGGCGUCGUCAUACACCGGUUCCGGCCAGGCCCGCGCGUUGUGGCCGGCUACUCGGCAUUCGUCGAGGUGGCCAUGAUGGCAGGCUUCGUCGCCAUGAUGUUCAUCGGCUGCGAGAGCCCCACCAUUGCUGGCGUCGCUCCCGGCAGUAACGCCAGCGCGACUUCUUUGCUGGAGAAGUGCAACGUGGAUUGCAACUGCAACACCCAGAUAUACGAGCCUGUGUGUUCGAGCAACAAAAUGAUGAGCUACUUCUCGCCGUGCCACGCCGGCUGUAGGAGCGCGGGUACAUCGCCGAUGAACGUGACGAUAUACAAGGACUGCAGCUGCAUCGCGGGAGGUGACCACGGAGUGGACGACUCCUACGUGACGUCAGGGCUUUGCGGCGACACGUGUCAGAAGUUGGGCCUCUUCUUGGGCAUAGUGAUCGCCGGCCAGUUCCUAGGCUCCACGGGUCGCGUAGGAGGCCUGCUAAUAUUCCUCAGAUGUGUCGACCCUAUCGACAAGAGCAUGGCAAUGGGGACUACCGGUUCUAUCCUACACAUGCUUGCUUUCAUACCCUAUCCCCUGAUAUACGGAGCCAUCCUGGACCACUCGUGCAUGAUCUGGGAGGAAAAAUGUGGCCGGCGUGGAAACUGCUGGGUGUACGAUCCAGACAAGCUGCGCUACACACUGCAUCUCGUCACUAUCAUCUUUCUGGCCAUCGCCGGUGUCUGCUACACCUGCCAGUUCCUGCUCAGUGGACGCAUCAAACGCUUCUACGAGGACGACCUCGCCGAAGACAGCAGCACCAGUGACGGGCAAGACCAAUAUGAGAGCAAAACCACAAUCAACGAGGCACUCUCGGUUGAGAGUGUACACAAGGCUGCUGAGAAGCCAGAGGCCACCAGGUUUUGAACUUGAAGCAAGUGAAGGAACAAUGUUCAGGAUGUGGACCUUGUGUGAGACUGUGGCUCAACAAAAAAGCGACACCGAGUGCCUCUUCAAACCAGGAGUUUGCAAGUGCAUCGAGUUUAUCCAGGACGAGACCUGAACUACACAUUGUUGUGACAUGCCCAUGGCAGCAUGAGACAUCGAGAAUAUCAAGUGUAAGGAUGUCAAUAGGCUGGCUAAGGCUCAGAAGACAAUCACUGUAACACAAAGAGACAUCGAACUUCACCAAUUUCUUGCUCCAGAACUGACAUUCUUUCCCUGUGUAAGUGAAAUAUCAAGGACAAGAGAAUACACAUGAGGUGAUAAUACCAAAGGGAAUAUAUUCAAAUAUGUUGGCUUCGCCUUAAUGCCUCGUCAGCAAGGAAGAAAUAGCCAGCGAGGAAACAAGUUAUUUCAAGAAUGGAGAUGUCUAAGAUAUCUACAAGAAAGACAGCCGAGAGCAUGUUACCCAGCCUGACGCCACUCUGUACAAAAACUGACUACUGUGUACAAUGUGUAGACAUUGGGUCUGUGCUAUUUCGACAAGUGGACACCGCCAGCUGUCCAGAAUAUUUUGUGAAAGGAACUGCAUUGGGGUAACGCCAGUUAUGUGGUCAUACAUUUUUACCAGCCGAUGUGACCAUAUUAUGGAAGGGCAGUGAUGUAAACAUGACUCUAUCAUGUUCUUGCUAUGGUAUCGUCAUGCAAAACUCGCAUGCAACAGACUCAAAACAACGUGUAGUUAUAAAAAGCAAGCAAUUCAUGCUGUAAGCAUGAUAUUAAAAUUCAGUUUUGGACAAGAACUUUUAUUAAAUGAAUCCUGCAGUGCCUGCCAUGAUUAAGCUUUUGAAUGAAGUUACAAUGCAGUAAAAGGCACAGAUGCCAAGUAGUGCUUCUAGCCUGACUUCACAGUUCCCUAAAACAUGACCAAUGCACCACAAGGACAAUACAAGGAAUUUUACUGAGCAGAAAGUGCAGAGAAGAGACAGUGCGACACGGACCUAGAGUGUAACUAUUUCUUCCUGUUGGUCUUUAUCCUAUUUAGUAAACAAGAAGUUAUCACACAUUUCAACACCCAAGUAUGUGCAGACAUUGCAGUGGAACAUAUAUUGCUCAUUUGCUUUUUUUUAUUAUGCAUGUGAUCAGACCAUGCUAAUACAGUGCACUUAGAAUCAAUGUUCUGAAGUAUACGGUGAUGCAUCGCUUCAGUGUCAAGUACCCAGACAAUAUUCAAGAAGUGAUCCGUAGAAGAACCUUCUAAGUGUGAUGACGUGCACCACAGACAAUGGUGAAGUGCAGUGCAGUGAUUGUGAUACAUGUACACAUGAACUGAGUGGACCAGAUGUGCUUAAGGUUUGUUCAAUGUACCCACAAUCGUCUGGCCAGAUUAACAAUGCGUUCCCUUAUAAGGUCUCCUUGUCAAAGUCAAGUACUUUUGCUUUAAUCUGAAUGAUCCCUACUGCUCAACAGCAUGUAUCCUUAAUAUAUGAAUCUUCUGUAAGAACAGCUUUACGAACAUGGCUGCUGUUUCUAUGUGGUGUGCUUUACCUCCUUUAGAGAGUGAGAAGAGGAGGCAAAAUUUUUAUUACAAAACUGUUUUAAGUACACAUCCUUUUGUUCCCAAAAACGUUGAGACAACCCAGGACAAUAUAUUUAGGGUGCCAGCCUUCCAUUGCUGGAUACAUUUUUGCGGCAAUAAACAAAUUUUAUUAAGAGUUGAUGCAAUAAUACUUGCAUAUUCAUUCCAUCACUACUGCACAUGAAACCAUGAGUCGUAUUUGUACAUACAUAUGCAUGACUACAGCUGUAAAAACAUUUCCUUCAUGUUCAAAUACUAGUAACAAAGUUUUUUUUUUUUU